AUGUCUAGCAAUGGCUGCUGCAAGUACUCGUGCGAAACUGCGAGCGAGACCCUGGAAUGGAUCAACGCCAUCGUCGACUUCAUAAGACCUUACUCUUUCUUAACGGACGCUCACGUCGUCAAUUUCUUCAAGGAUCGAAUGUGGGAAGCUAUUGAUAAGGAAUGGAUGGAUUGCUUGCGGAAAGAAGCAGUGGAAAAUCUUCUCCAAAUUCCUGGCGGAGUGGUCCAGGAUCAUUGGCCUGCUUCUCUUAAGAAAUUCAUUGUUACUUUGAGCUCUCUCGUGCUUCCUCGACAACAACAAGACUUGCAGACGGUAUUACCUGGCAUGAACAUGACUUCACUCAAUAGUGUUCUCUCUACAGGCAUGAGUUGGAAGAAAAAACAUGAAGUAGAAGUCCUUUCUGCUGUUGUUGAUUCAAUCGCUAACAGUGUCGGAGCCAAUGCAAUCAUUGAUGUUGGCUCGGGUCAGGGGUAUCUUGCACAAGUACUUUCCUUUCACUAUCAGCAUGCGGUAGUUGCAAUUGAUGCAUGUUCUCAUCAUGGAAGGGUUACUGAUACUCGUGCAGAAAAAAUCAAGAAAUAUUAUGCUGCUCAGAUGCGUAAAUCUGUAUCAGGAAACAGGAGUUUGACUGUGCCUAAGACAGUCACAUGCAAUGUGAUGUCUAUUGACAUGUUGAAAGCUUUGGCUGACACACCACUGCAUAAUGAUAAUGUCUCUUUACUGCAAUCUUCCUGCAAUGCAGACAACAGAAGUUCAUUGGUUCUUGCUGGGCUUCAUGCUUGCGGAGAUCUUUCAGUAACAAUGCUCAAGACCUUUAUGGAAUGCAAAGAAGUUAAAGCAGUUGUUAGUGUCGGCUGCUGUUACAACCUAUUAUCUGAAGAGGGUUUCAACCAUGCUGGUUCUCAAUGUGGUUUUCCAAUGAGUUGUGGUGUUAAAUCUGCUGGCAUUUCACUCGGAAAAAGUUCGCGGGACCUAGCAUGUCAGAGUGCGGAGAGGUGGAAAUGCCUCGAAAAUGAUGCUGGUCUCCAUAAUUUUGAGUUGCAUGCUUUCCGCGCUGCAUUUCAGAUGGUUCUCAGAGUAUACUAUCCCGAAGUCAUGAGUACAAGUCCAUCAAUUGGGCGUCAAGGGAAGGCAUUACGUCGCCGACAACAGAGGGUUGUCCGAAACUCCUCGCUGCACCAUAAAGAAAACAAAUGUUCCUUGUCUGAAAUAAACUCUCAUAUGACAGGAAGUUGCUCUCACAAAAAAUCAACAGAGCUGGAAACAGAUGACAGUUUUGACGUGUUAGAGACAACAUCCAUAACUAAUGAAAACUCCUCCAAUAAGGCCACCAAAUGUGAGAGGAGUGAAAUCAUCGGCAACUAUCCACUUUUUCAGAAAUAUUGCUUAUCUGGGCUGUGUCGCCUUGGUCUUGAACCUCUGAAGGAAACUGAUAUCCAUGGAAUAUGGAAGCAAGUUGAAUCUUUUGCUGAACUUAUUGGACCUUAUUGGUCUCUUCGAGCUGCUUUUGGGCCUCUUUUGGAAACUUUUCUUUUGCUUGAUAGAUUGUUGUUCCUCCAAGAGCAAGGCAGUUCAAUUGAAGCAGUCAUAUUACCUGUUUUCAAUCCUGCAUUGUCCCCAAGGAAUGUGGCCAUUAUUGCUAAGAAGUUGACACAAAUAUGA